GGCCUGCACCACCAUCACCACCACCACCACCGCGGGCAGGCCACGCUCAAGGAGGAGCCGCUGCCCGCCGCGCGCUCCUGGGCGCUGCAGCCGCCCGUCGACCAGAGCAGCGUGGGCAUCGGCCGCGCGCACUUCGAGAAGCAGCCGCCCAGCAACUUGCGCAAGUCCAACUUCUUCCACUUCGUGAUCGCGCUGUACGACCGCGCGGGCCAGCCCGUCGAGAUCGAGCGCACCGCCUUCAUCGGGUUCAUCGAGAAGGACCAGGAGACGGAAGGCCAGAAGACAAACAACGGUAUCCAGUACAGGCUGCAGCUGCUCUACGCCAAUGGCGUGCGGCAGGAGCAGGACAUCUACGUGCGGCUCAUCGACUCCGUGACCAAACAGGCCAUUAUGUACGAGGGACAGGACAAGAACCCCGAGAUGUGCCGGGUGCUGCUUACGCACGAAGUCAUGUGCAGCCGGUGCUGCGAUAAGAAGAGCUGCGGCAACCGCAACGAAACGCCCUCUGACCCCGUCAUCAUCGACAGGUUCUUCCUGAAGUUUUUCCUCAAGUGCAAUCAGAACUGCCUGAAGAACGCCGGGAAUCCACGAGAUAUGCGGAGGUUCCAGGUGGUGAUCUCGACGCAGGUGGGCGUGGACGGCCCGCUGCUCGCCAUCUCGGACAACAUGUUCGUGCACAACAACUCCAAGCACGGCCGGCGCGCCAAGCGGCUCGACCCCGCCGAAGGCUUGUACCCUCCCCUUCCCGUAGCCACCCCCUGCAUCAAGGCCAUCAGUCCGAGCGAAGGCUGGACGUCCGGGGGCUCCACCGUCAUCAUCAUCGGCGACAACUUCUUCGACGGUCUGCAGGUCGUCUUCGGGACCAUGCUCGUAUGGAGCGAGCUGAUAACGUCGCACGCGAUCCGCGUGCAGACGCCCCCGCGACACAUACCGGGCGUCGUCGAGGUGACGCUGUCCUACAAGUCCAAGCAGUUCUGCAAGGGCGCGCCGGGACGCUUCGUCUACGUCUCGCUAAACGAGCCAACCAUCGACUAUGGCUUCCAACGCCUUCAGAAACUCAUCCCCAGGCACCCAGGAGACCCGGAGAAGCUGCCAAAGGAGAUAAUCCUGAAGCGCGCGGCCGACCUGGCGGAGGCGCUGUACAGCAUGCCGCGCAACAACCAGCUGGGGCUGUCCGCGCCGCGGUCGCCGCCCGCCGCCGCCAACGGCAUGCCCUCCGGCUUCAACACCUACACCGGCCAGCUCGCCGUCAGCGUCCAGGACGCGCCCUCCGCCGCCCAGUGGACGGAAGAGGAGUACGGCCGCGCGCAGAGCAGCAGCGUGUCGCCCCGGGGAGGCGGCUACGGCUCCAGCGCCUCCACGCCGCACUCCUCCAACGGCGGGGGCGGCGGAGGCGGCGGCGGAGGCGGCUCGUACGGAAACUCGUCCGGGGGCGGCGCGGGGGCGGCGGGCAGCGCGGGCGGUGCGGGCAGUGGGGCGGCCGGGGGCGGCGCGGCCGUCAUCAACGGCGCCGCCUACGCCGCCUCCGCAGGCGGAGCCGCCCUCUCGUCCAUGGGGUCGCCCUCAUCCGCCAGCCUCUUCAACUCUUCGCCCAGAGUGGGAGGCCUGGCAUCUCCGUUCGCCACGAUGAACCCGUUCGGGCUGUCCACGUGCAACUCGCAGUCGUACAGCCCGCUGCUCAGCUCGACGGGCAAGUAG